AUGGCGUCAACGCCGUGGGACUAUAUAGCCAAGCUCGUCUGCAUCGGCGACUCGGGAUGCGGGAAAUCCUCGCUGACCAUCCGCCUGUGCGAAGGCCGCUUUUCUCCCCAUCACGACGUCACCAUUGGCGUCGAGUUCGGCUCGCGCAUCGUCCCCGUUGGCCCCCCGCACACCAAGCCCGCCUCGUUGCUGGCCGCGAACCCUCCCGCCUCCUCCUCUGAUGGACUUCCCGAACCCCCCCGCGACACGAGCAAAAUCCUGCAGAAACACAUGAAGUUAUCGCUCUGGGACACGGCCGGCCAAGAGACGUACAAAUCCGUCACGAGGUCCUACUUCCGUGGUGCUAGCGGCGCCCUUUUAGUCUUCGACCUGUCGCGGAAACAGACCUUUCAACAUGUGACGGACUGGUUGAACGACUUGCGCCAGAUCGCCGAACCGGACAUUGUGGUGGUACUAGUGGGAAACAAGGCCGACUUGACACAGCAGGAGGAGAACAGGAGGGAGGUGACCAAAGCAGAGGCAGAGGACUGGGCAAGGAGGAACGGCGUGCUGGAAUAUGUCGAGACAAGCGCCAAGAGCGGAGAGAAUGUCGAAAACGCCUUCAUGAGGGUGGCGGAAAGGAUAUUCCAAAACAUCCAAGCGGGGAAAUACGACCUCAAUGAUAGGAGGUCUGGUGUCAAGGGACCGAGCGCCGGAGGUAACAGACAAGUCAAGCUGGCUGGAGAUGGCAAUACGUCUUCAACUGGUGGCUGUUGUUGA